CAUUUAUAUUACUUCUACUUCUAUAGCUAGAGUUCUGAUUGCUUAACCUCCACUAACAACUAUGCGAUGACCAGACAAUGCGCGCUGUACUCCGCCCACGGACCCUUCUUCACUAUGUACGCAAUGUAAUCCCCAACCGCCAAUUCUCCACGUCUCCAGCGCUCCUCAAAAGUCUCCCUGGCCCGCUUCCCCCAAUUCUCGACACCGACAUAACUGAAAACUUUCUGAAAGGCAGUGGUCCAGGCGGCCAGAAAAUCAACAAGACCAACUCAGCAGUCCAGAUUCUGCAUCACCCAACAGGGCUGAUUGUCAAAUGCCAAGAGACGCGGUCGCGUAGCCAGAAUCGCAAGAUUGCGCGGCGCCGGUUGGCAGAGCGCAUUGAGGAAUUGCAGCUGGGAAGCGAGGCGCGCACGGCAAAGAAGGCUGCAAAGGAGGCGAAGAAGAAGAGUAGUGCGACAAAAAAGAGGAGAAGGAAGUAUCGUCAAUUGGACGCGGCGAAAAGGCUCGAUGAUAACGAAGGAGAGGAGGAUGCCGAUGAUGUUAACGAACCGAAUGAGGUUGAGGAAGUAAAACAAGGCAAGCUGGAUGGUGUAGAGAACAAAGAUAAGGCGAAAGAGUCUAGUCCAGGAUCGCUUGUAUGACGAGCGCUGUACUAGCAAACUGCUCGACAGACUGACUCAGGAGAACAUCUGGGCUACAACAAUAGCCACAAAUAGAGUAAUCCCACAUCACCGGUCGACCAACUGUCCAUAAACUUACAAGUCAAGACUGGUUCAAGACACGAACAACACCCUCAGCGCUGAG